CAAACCUUCAGUGUUGUCAAGUUGUUGUGUCUCUGUUUGGACCUAUACUGAAUGAUCCAGUGACUAUUCCCUGUGGAAACUGUAUUACAAACAGCUGGAAUCAGGAGGAUCAGACAGGAGUCUACAGCAGCCCUCAGUGCAGACACAUCUUCACUCCAAGACCUGCUGUAUAUAAGAAAGUGAUGUUUGCCGAAUUAGUGGAGGAACUGAAUGAAAUGAGUCUCCAAACUAUUCGUCCUGCUCAACGUUACUCUGGGCCUGGAGAUGUGGAGUGUGAAGUCUGUACUAGAAGAAAAUACAAAGCUGUCAAAUCCUGUCUGGAGUGUCUGAAUUCUAACUGUUAAAAUCACCUUGAUCAACAUUUUUUUUUCUUUAGGUUAAUAGGUACAAUCUGAUGGAUCCAACUAGAGUCAAUGAGAUGAUCUGCCCAAGACAUCUACAAACUCUGGAAGUUUACUGCCGUACAGACCAGAAGUGCAUUUGUUAUCCAUGUAUGAUGGACGAACAUAGAAAUCAUGAAAUUGUAACAAUUGAAGAAGAAAUAAUUGAGAAACAGAGGCAUUUGAGAGAGACACAAUGGAAAGUUCAGCAGAGAAUCCAGGAGAGAGAGAAUGAGCUUCAGGAGCUGAGAGGAGCUAUAAGGUCUCAUAAGAGAUCUGCACAGACAGCAGCGGAAAACAGUGUGAGGUUCUUUAAUGAGCUGAUCUGCUCCAUUGAGAGACGUCGCUCUGAGGUGACACAGCUGAUCAGAGAUCAGGAAAACACUGCAGUGAAUCAAGCUGAAGGACUUAUUAAGCAACUAGAGGACGAGAUUUCAAAUCUGAGGAGGAGAAAUGAUGAGCUUCAGCAGCUUUCAUAUACAAGCAAUCGCAUCCAAUUCCUGCAGAGUUUCCAGUUUCUGUCUGCAGCUCCUGAAUCUAAAGUCUCACACAACAUUACUGACAGCUCUCAGCUCUCUUUUGAUGAUGUGGGAAAAUCUUUCUCUGAGCUGAAAGAAAAAAUAGAGAAUUUAUAUUCAGAAGAAAUAGAAAAGAUAUCUGAUAGAGUUUCAAAUAUAUCAGUUGUUCGCCCCAAUGUACCCAGGAGCAGGAAGGAGUUCUUACAAUAUUCCAGGCAGUUCACACUGGAUUCAAAUACAGUAAAUCAUAACCUCCAUCUGUCUGAUGAGAACAAAGUGGCUACUUACACUUAUACAAACCAACAGUAUCCUGAUCAUCCAGAAAGAUUUGAUUACUGUCCUCAGGUGUUGUGUAAAGAGAGUGUGACUGGGCGCUGUUACUGGGAGGUUGAGUGGAAUGGAAGUAAUGGUGUAUAUAUAUCAGUGUCAUAUAAGAGCAUCAGCAGGAAGAAUGUUGAAAAUGAGUCUUUACUUGGACAUAAUGAUCAGUCCUGUGGAGUGUACUGCUGCCCCUUCAGUCACUUCACCCCUCAAUUACCUGUAGCUGAUUUUAGAGCGGGCACUGUAAGUACAGAAUUCUAUCCCAACCUAUAUCAGGCUAUAGCUAGGAAUACAGAGUGGACAGGGGGACAGCCCAUGGGAAACCCACCUGUGCACAAUAGUCGAACAAAAAAAAUCUUUGUGUCAUCUAGUUUCUCUAGAAUAGGAGUGUUUGUGGAUCACAGUGCAGGAACCCUGUCCUUCUACAGCAUCUCUGACACAAUAAUGACCCUUAUCGACAGAGUCCAGGCCACAUUCACCCAACCUCUCUAUCCUGGGUUUUAUGUUUUUAAAGGAUCCACAGUGAAGCUGCGUCAUCACACCGAAUAGAUCAUUCAGAGAUUCUACAGAUAAUACUGUUAUAUUCAAGGUUAAAGUAACGAUUGAAAAUUAUUUUACACUUCUUAAUUAAUUUUAUUAAUCCCAGGUUGAUUUAUUAACUAUAAGACGACGUAGACAGUUAGUUUACAUUAUUUUUAUUGUUUAAAGGUGCAGUGUGUACAUUUUAGCGGCAUCUAGUGGUGAGGUUGCAAAUUGCAACCAACAGCUCAGUUCACAGCUCACCCCUUGCUUUUGAAAUGCAUAGAGAAGCUACGGUAGCCGCCACAGGACAAACAUGUACUCAUUUGAGACAACUUAGUAAAAAAUGUAGAAACAUGGCGGCACAAAAUGGCGACUUCCAUGUAAGGAGACCCUCAGUGUAUGUAGGUAAAAACAUCUCAUUCUAAGGUAAUAACAACAAUACAGUUAAUUAUGAAAGGUCUUUAUACACCACAGAUAAUAUAGUUUUGUAUAUUAUUUAGCAUUUCUGUCAAGAGAUUCUCCUAAAAAUUACACACUGCACCUUUAAUUGUAUAGUAGGUGU